AUGGCGUCCGUCGAGAUAAUCUCGACGUCUGAAGAAAUUUCUCCGCGUUUCCAAAAGCUUCUUCGAGGAGUGUCCGAUGAACUCAGUCCCGAAGAACUAAGGCAUGCCGUAUCGUCCAUAAAAACUAAUUUUAGGGGCAAGUUUGAAGAUCAAGGAGAACAAGAUUUGUACUCAUGCCUCCAAUUAUUUGCUAAGCAAGGUCUUGUAUCGGAGGACAAUCUGACUUUGUUGGAGGGGUUUUUAAGCCCGAAAGCGUCCAAGAAAAAGUCGCUAAAGGAAAAAAUUCAACAAUUUAAGGAAAACCGCCAACAAGAGGUCAGUUCUGGAAAGGAAGAACCAGGUUUGACCGGUAGGGAACGUGACCUAGAGAAAGUUAUGGCAAUGUUGACAACAGGAAGUUCGCGUGUUGUCAAUUUGCAUGGAAUUAGUGGAGUAGGCAAGACUAAAUUGGCAAUAGAAAUUGUUUCAAAGUGGCCGGGGAGGAAAUUCAAGGCCGAUUUUAGAGAAAUCACUGAGAUGAAAGACGUUCAUUUUCACGUUUUAAACGCUUUAGCACCAGACAAAACGAACAUAAGCUUCGAAGCAAAUCUAGUAGUGGAAUUAAUGCAACAGUUUAGGCAAGCAGAGCAAAACAGUGACAUAUUGCUGCUCCUUGAUAACGUCGAUAAAUUUGCAGGAGGAGAUGAUGAAGCUUCCACCUUCCUUAAUGCCAAUUUUGUGAAGUUUCUGCAAGGACUUCUAGGUCCAAAGGAUUAUCCGGGGAAAUCGAAACUGAAGAUUUUGUUGACAUCAAGAUCAACGCUUCGUCACGCAAAGUUGGCCAACUUUGACAAUUACGAAGUUAUGGCUUUAGAGAAAAUUUCAUCAAGUGUCUUAUUCCAAAAUCAGGGAAUUGGCAGCGUUCGAGAGGAUCAAAUGGAGAAACUGCUGCAGAUUUGCCAAGGGAAUCCCCUCAUCAUCAGGGGAAUGGCAGCAAUCUUGAGGCAACAAAUAACCGAUGACACCAGGAUUUUGGAAACGAUUGAGCAGCCACUAGAAGCCGAGCCACCAGAGUCGGGAAUACCAGCAGCAGAGGAGAGUCGAGAGAGAGACGUAUUUGACUCCGAAAAGGAAGGCAUUGAUAAAGAGCAAGAAAGCUGUUUAAGAAAAAUGUUUUUCUUCUUGCCUAGUAAACAGUUAAAAGAUUCUGCCAUUUCGAUGUCACUGUUCUGUCGCUCUUUCUCUGUCGAAGCAGCAGCCGAAGUCCUUGGAGUGGACUCGUCAGAAGCGGUUAUACAACUAGAAGGUCUCAGGAAUAGUGAAGUGCUAACGGUAGACCUUGACGUGAAAGAACUCACCUAUGACAUCCACCCUCUAGUGCGAACAUUUCUGAGAAGCAUUGGUAGUAACCAAAAGAUGUUUGUCAAAGUUUACGAGAAGGCAAAAGGCAGGUUUCAUACAUAUUUCAUGUCCAAAAUGAUAGACAUUUCAAGGCUUUUGGACAAAGACUACAUGAAUGCCUUCGAUAAUUUUGAUCUUGACAAACCAAACUUUGAACUUGCUUUGGAUAUUUCUUUCAAGUCAGACCAUCUUCUUAUCCCAAAAGAGCAUCGCGAAAGUGUUAUGAUCUUUUAUCUCUUCGAGGCCAUGCUUGACGAAAAAGCAAGAAAGAACAUUUUUAAUUGCUGGGCCGAAAAGGUCGAGGAUGAUGGAAAGGAAGGUAAGGUUUUAUUGUGUUCUGGAAAAAAGUCUUAGUUUACGUAGGAAAUUUUUCUGGAUACCUCGGUAGUGUAAGUUAGCCGUCGACCUGAUGGAAAAACUAACAGAUAACACUGACUAAACUCGACUGACAACAACAAUUUACUCGACUCUAGCUCUUUAUAGCAGAAUCUACAGUGCAACCAUUGGAACUAUAUUUCUUUGUUUGACUUCUGAAAUUUUGCCUUGAAACAGGGACAAAUGAGAUAAUCAACCUCAAAAUACAUAAAGCGCAACAUAUAUCGAGAGCCUUUAACUUGCAAUGCACCAUCAGUAUUUUUCAAGAAUAAAACAAUUCAGAAGUGAAACCGGAAACUGUCGUUUUAUAUCAUUCCACUCAAGUAGAACCACAUCUAAAAAACAUACAAAACAUGUAAGAUAAUGUACAGGUCGAUAUAUAUACAACUAUCGUUUUAAAAAUAAAAGAUUUUAUUUGAUUUAGUUCGGACGCACACUGCGUCAUUCGAUCUGUCAUCGGCUGAUAAUUUAGGCCGUUGCGUUCUAACAUUCCACCGAAGAUUAUUUUCUCUGUCGCUUGAAAUCAUGUUUGAUCACAAAAUAUAUUGCUUUUCAUUCACAAAUAUACAUUUACAGGUUUGUUUCAAGGCAAAAAACAAGGAUUCGUGCGCUAAAGUAAAAGUAAAUGUUUCAACACCACAUAAGAAUUCAGAAUUCAGAAUUCGGACAAGAUUUGCUAGUUAUUCAUAUAAGAUACCACCAUGCAUACUUCCAUCGUCAAAAAUCAUCUCUAAAGCCUUAGCUACGCUGUAUCUCUCGCGUUUCGCAUCGGACGCCAUCACCUCAGAUUGAAAUCGUACACAAGUGAUUUUCGGAUCGGGCUCCCGAGGUCACGUUUGAUAGUUCGGAGCUAAAACUCACCAUGUGAUUGGCUUAGAAUAUUUACUAGCUACAGCCGGAAUUUCAGAGCGAUCGGAUGUAAUCCGAGCAUUUCCGAAAAGGUCAACGUCAUCGUGCAAUUUUGCACGAUCGGCCUCAGGGCUUGAACACGAAGAGCUAGUCGUGACUUUAACUCAGGUUGUCGAAACUCCAGUCAUCACUGCCGACAACAGUCCUUCUCAGGACUUCACUCACCCGAACGAUCAGACUACACGAUCAAAGCUAUUGAGUGUAAUCUGAUCCUUUCGGUAAGGAGCUUACCGCCUUCUCAUUUUGUCCGAAUCUGUUCAAACGCCCAAAGAAUCUUUCACGAUGAAGCUAUACAGGGUAUAUGUAAUAAGAUUCGGUACAUUGUUUCUCAGUUUUGUUGACCAGGCCUGACAAGGUCGUUUGUCGCAAUAUUCGCAUCUUUUUUAAUCUUGUAGAGGGUAACUUCCUAAUUUGAGUCAGGGUUUGAAGAUGCAGAUGCGUCCCUUCCCAAACUUUCCUUAAACAUUCCUUAAGUUAACCCUCGUUGACAUUCUAAUAAGAAAUAAAAACGUUCUCUGGUUAAAAAUAUGCCUAAAACUUAGAGAGAGAGAAAAACUUAUUUCCCUUGUUGUUUCUUUAGGUUCCUUGCUUCGAGCAGAACUAAAAUGCCGCGAAACGUUGUUGGUUCUUAAACUUGAAGGAUGGCAGAGAGCAUUGACGGUCGCGAGGAGAGCGAAAGAGUCGCUUAGCAAAGUGCAGAAGGAAACUAAGAGCACAGAUUCCUUUAGGUUGACCAAGAGUUCCUACCUGUUCUCUUGGGGUGAAGUAUAUUACAGAGCAGGGAAUAUGUCAAAGUCACUGAGGAUUUUGCACAAGGCGCUGAAGAUAAUGGAAAAUGAACUUCACAGCCAUACAAGCACUUCAAGGUGCUUAAACGGCAUUGGAAACUGCCACAACAAGCUAGGAGAGUAUGACGAGGCCAUAAAGUACUACAUGAGAGCAUACGAUAUGAGACAACAGCUCUCUGGCUCAGUGAAACAUUUUGACAUGCCCUUCUUCAAAGGACAGAUCGGGACGGUUUAUGAAGGAAAGAAACAAUUUGAAAAGGCAAUCGAAUACUACAAAGAAGCCUUAGAGCUCGCUAAGGAACUAAAAAUUCCAGGCAUGGUGAACACUGCCCAGUACAAUCGAAACAUUGCUAAUGCGUACUGUUGGUUGCAAAACUUUAAAGACGCCUACCAACCUGCAAAGAAUGCUUACGAGAUCCGGAAGGCCAUUUUGGGAAGGCACCCUGACACUGCUCGAAGUGCUUUCCAAAUGGCGCAAAUUUGUCGAUACUCGGAGGACUCUGACGCAGCGAAAGAGUUUUAUGAGGAAGCAUGGGAGAUUGAGAAGUCUCUGGGCCAAGGAAACCACAGCGAAGUCAUGGUCAGAAUCGUUGAGAGCUCCGAAGGGUUCUUUCUUGAAGGAGAGAGGAAAGAUCAGUUUCGACAAGAAGUAUUCGACUUUUUUCUACGCUACUGGGACGAAGAAAGAGCCUUCGAAGGGUUUGAAUUUUCUCUCGCCAAUAAGACAGUUAUUGAUUCAAUAAACGAAAGGCUUGGUGAAUUUGGCGACCGUCAAACACAGGAGAGAUACCAAAAAGAAGCUCUAUGGUUUUAUGAAGGCGCGUGGAAUUCACCCGACGCGAGAAAGUUACCAGACACCGUCAGAGAGGAAAUUCUGCAAACUCUCUGUAGGCUCUGUAAACAGCUUUCCGAGAAAAGUAAGGUCGAAAAGUACAGUAACGAAGCCUUUCGAUUUUAUGAAAAGAAGUGGAAAAAAAACAAGGUCGGAAUGUCAAAGCGCGAUAGAAUCGACAUUCUCAUCACUCUUGUAGACAUGGCUUCAACACAGGCGAAAGAGAAGAAGAAACAAAAGUAUAAGAGUUUGUUAAAGGUAUGACAAAGCUCUUUGAUCUAUCAAUGGAUGACAUCAACUUGAAUGGGGUUUAGUUUAGAGAAAGAUGUUAUUUGUCUUGUUACGAGGGUGGGACAAAGAAAGAAAUUAUGAAUCCCUAUGAGGAAUCGAACCUCAGACCUUCGGAUUCCGAGCCAUAGAGACUCUACCGUGAGCGAGGUCUAUUACGAAGUUCUUAAGGGUUUUAGUUUAGUAUGUAAGAUAGUACGAUCUCGAACGAUCGUUAACUUUCAUUAGUUUUACACUUUACAAUUGGUUGAACCGAGCAACCUCGCGAAAUCUACCCAGCUAGUCUUCUUGUGGAACAAAUGUAUCCCUGACUUACCAAAGCCGUUGUCUUUACAUUGCCCAAGCAUCCUACAUUAUCCUUGGUGGCACAACAUAUUUUCCUUUUUUAUUAGCCCUUUUACGUUACUUAGAUUUGGAUUAAUGGCGAUUCUCUGAACUUUUUCGCAUUUUAAUGCUCACUCAGAAAGCCAAACAGAGCGGAACUUUGAUGGGAACUGUGAAAGGAUUCCUUUCUUUUGGAGCAAAAGGUAUUUGGUGAGGGAAUACUUUGACCAGAAGUCGUGCAUAUUUUAAAUAACGAAAGACGCAAGCGUUCUCUCUAUUAGUUACAAACGCCUUCAAUUACGCAUAUAAAAAAACGUGGUUAAAUACAUUUUUUAAAUAAGCGCACCCGAAGGCGUUUUUAACUGAUAUGUCCGAGAGAACACGAGUGUCUUUCGUUAUUCAUGAGCAUGGUUGAUGUUUUGUAAGGUUCGUCAUUCCACGGGGCGUGGGCGUACAAUGAUUUUCUGUUAAUGUUUUUCAAAUGCAGGAUUUGCUUUUCAUUGCUUAAAUCUUUUUCAAAACAAAAAACUAUGCUAUUUUAGAAGCUGAACAGCUGUCUAGUGAGGACGAUGACGAUGACGAUAACGAUGAAGUUGACAUUCCUUCCGAUGAUGAUGAUGAUGAUGAUCUCGAUAGUAGCAGUGGUAGCGAAGAGAUUCCAGAGGCCAGUGGGCAAGUGCAACAACUAACAAUUCAGGAAGAAGAUGGCGAAGAGUUAGAAAGUGAGCAGGAACAAGAACCAGAUAGGAUAAAGAUACACGAGUAAGUGAAAAUGAAUGAGUUGCCAAUAAUCUUUCUAGCGAAUUGCAAUUUGGCCCGUGGCGAUCCCAGAAAUCGUUGCGCAAACACAAGGAUCCGAUCACUGACAAAAAAUGACCUAUGUGGCCCUGUGCGUUAUCAUUAAAAAAAAAAAAAGAAGACGUAUGAAAAAGUAAUUGUAUGAGGGAAAUUUCAGGGGCAGGGCCUGUGAAAGCUGUAUGUCCGCCCCAGAUGUGAACUAAAUGAAGAAAAUAAGAAAGGGAAAGAUCGGCAGUUACAUGUCAUGCCAAACCGCGUACUGCCGGCGGACGGCAAAAUCUCAUUAAUAAUCCUCUCAUCCUUUGUAUGCUUGAUAUUGUAUUGAUAUUGUAACGAGAAAUUCUGUUUUGGUCACUCAUGGGAGUUAAAGGUUUAAAGAGUGUACUGAGGAAAUAGUUUUUCCGAAUUUUGCUGGUUUAGAUAUACUGGACCUGAGCCUGGCAGUCAGUUUGCAAUCCAGGAAUUUUGAUGGAAAAAAUGAAGCAAAAUGGAGGCGGUGUUGAUGACACUGUGCAUUACAAUUCAGUUGAAAAUUUCUCUUUCCUAUCUAGUUUCCAUCUAUCUAGAUUCCGUUCUCAUUCAUGACACUGUAAUUGUUUUCAGAGGAACACUCACUUUUUUCCUGUCAUCCUUUACGAAGAAUUGUUUAACGAUUGAUCGUCAGUUCAGUUUUUAUUACUUGACGUCAUUCUUGAUUCUCCCACUGCAUGAUGAAAAGUAUUUUUUUAACGGAAGUGUCAUCAUCUAUUCUAUCAAGAUGAUGUUAAUCAAAUUCAGUCACAAGAUUACCAGAAAUUAUUUAUUUAUUAUCUUGUAUCUCACAGAGACACUGUGACAGUACAAGGUGGCCGAUGGGACGCGAGGAAGGCAGCAACUCACUUGGUAUUUCCACGUGGUUUUGUUGCUGAAGACACUAUGUUCACUCUUUUUCGAUGGAAAUCCUCACUGUGUUCUCCUCCUCUUCAGCCAAAUGAAGCCAUAGUCAGCAAUGUUCUUGAAUUAUCGGCGGACACUACUGAAAGUCUUCUAUUCAAUAAAGAAGUCACACUUGGAAUUUCGCACAGUGCGCUGGACCUUAAAGGAUAUGAAGUGGUGAUUAAGACCUUGGUAGACAGAAAGAGAAAUGAAUGGAGGGACGUCGAGCAAACAGUUGAUUAUAAAUCGCUGUCAGGUAAGCACUGAACGUUAUCGUGAAUUAAACAAUCGGUAACUCGUGUUCAAGCAAAAAGUGGCCUCUCUUAAAAAUUUUUCAAAAGUCAACUUCUCAAAGCGUGUCGACUUUUAAUAGUUUUGUCAAUGUUCUCCGUUUAUGUCGGUGUUUUUUUUUUUUUUUACUUUUUCUUUUAUAAUUUGCUUCUUAUUUCAGAAAGUUUGACAAGAAUACCUACCCCCACACUGUGUUCAAGUGCAUAUCACUGUUUGAAAGGAAACCUUGCCCUGCAAUUUUUUGUUUUUGUAGGGAACGAACUGGCUGUAAAACAAACAGCAAACAAACAAACGCAAGAGUAUGUACAUUGAUUCUCCCAGGGCGAUUCUUAAAUGUAUGAAGGUGUUAGAGGACAUUUGCCUGUAAACUGCAAAAUCUCUCAGGGAGAGCAACAAAAAAUAUUCUAUCAAUCUGUUAGAUCCUGUGGUUGUUGGUUCGCCAAACAGGUUCUUGUGGCAAAUGGUGGCUGCUUAUGAUAUUGUUUGCUGGGGGGUCCCAUUGGAGGAAGGAGAAAGCUGGUUAGAGAACGAUGUGAGCAGUUUUUAAUAUACAUAAGCAGUUUUUAAUAUACAUGUGACAAAAGGAUAUCUCGUAUUCACGAUUUGUUAAUUUAUUGCCUAAAAAUAAUUUUUUUUGCAGAUCUUCAGAAAGUCUAUCACAAUAAUAUUCCUGACUAUCUUCUUCCCGUUGCUGAGACGAAGAUUAUCCAGUGUUCUACCUUUGCUGUGGUUUGCCGUCUCAAGUCCUACAUUUUUACGAUAACCUCAGAACCGUCUACCAUCUCUUUGCCUGAUUUCCCGUUGGUGAAGAUUCAUUUUCCACCUAAUUCGGUCUCGUCCACUGAAGAAAUCAGUGUAAGAGUAAGUACUCUUAUGUAAGGAAGAAACAAAUUCGACGAUGCGGUUUCAUUAGCUCAAUAUGUUCAUCGUGUGAAUGGUCUUUUAUCUGUGGUGAAUCAUCUCGUCAGUAAUUAUUGUUACAGUUGUGUUUAAUAAAUGUAAUGUUAUUAAUGUUUACCAUCGACUGAGUGAUUAAUUGUUUAGUUCAUGCAACUCUUAGGUACAAGAAUAUCUUUGCAAGGAAUUGAAAGACAAGGAAACGCUGGCUGGCCCCAUCAUAAGAAUAUCUUGCAACAAGGAGUUUAAGUUUCACGAAGCUGUCACCGUCCAGCUACCGUUGUCCUUGAGAGACACUGAGCAGGACGCUGAAUCAUUGGGUAUUUCUGAUUUGUCCUUAGUCCGUGCUCGAGUCUUGUUUCAACCAUCCAAUGGUACACAGAAAGAAUGGACUGAAAUCACAGAUCUUCUCGAUUCUCCUCCGUGGCUAGAUGGGUUUGUUAUCAAAUUCAACGUGAGACACUUCUCAGUGUACGUCAGUGCAUCUCUUUACUUCUUUACUUUUUGCUUACCACACCUGUCUCACUCUAAGUGGUACCUUUUCACAUUUUUCAUUUAUAAGCAUAUUUGGGGAAAUUAAACCUAUUUGGUAGCCGAUGCUGUUAAAUAUGAAUCAACUACAAAACAUUUCACGUGAAUGAACAGAUUGAAAAUUAUAUUAAGUCAUAUUAGCAGUGUUGAGAUUCUCGUCCUCUUUUUAAAUCCUUACUGUUUUUCAAUUUUUUUUCGUUUUCCCGUUGUGUAUGCUUUCGUUUUUGGUUUGCGUUUUCGUUUAUUUGGUAGAAUGUCAUAAGAAAUCUUGAUUGUACAAUUUUGAGGAACGUGUAUUGACAUUGGACUGUGUUCCUUUCCCCUUUUUUCUCGAAAGAUUUUGGACCUGGCUCGCAUCAUCAUUAAACCAAAUUGCUCGUGUAUGGAACACGGAGAGUGUACGGCAUUCAGUCGUUUUCACAGCUACUGUUCCAGUGCAUACUAGACUUAACACCGAUGUAGAUCUGCUUUUGUACUGCAGUCCACAUGACAUGAAAAGAGAACACAUUGAUGAUGUGAAGAUGGUUUGGUUGGUAGAAGAAAGUGAAUGGUACGGCAUGGUCACUGGUGAUCAAGCUUAUGUCUUCUUUUCAGGGGAUGCAGCGCAAGUAGUCAAAAAGGAUCGACUGAAGAAUUUUUUUCUCAGGUAAAUUUAAAAUAGGUUUGCUGAGUGUCUGUUAAGUGCUUAUAUAGAAAGAGACAGACAUCACGCCAAGGAAUGAAUGGCUUUCCAAGAAAUCUCCGCCUUGUUAAGUCCUAACUAUAAAAGAGAUUGUCUUCAUUCACAGGAUCUCUCUCUGAGAUAGAGAUAAUUUUCAAUUGGUAUCAUUUUCUAGCACGUAUGAUUUUAUUAUAUUCCACUCAGGUAAACACUGCUUUUCACGCUCCCUAGUUUGGGUUGGCGACACAAAUCAAAUGAAGUUAUUUAAUCUUCCCAGCCUAGUGUUGUGGAUGUAGUGUCCAAGUUACCGAUUACCGUCGAGAAUCAUGAAAGUGUCGUUUUAGGACGAGGAAUAACUAAAUACCCUCAUAGUUAAGCUAAUUUAGUUCUUUAAAUACACCAAAACGUGGUCGGAAAUAAAACUCCUCACUCGAGAUUUUGUCUUUUCAGCUGCUCAGAGGUAGAUAGUACUUGCUAAUCACCUCCAAAUCAGCCAAUCAGCGCGCGCGAAAAGCAUUGUUUAUCUUUGUAGUAUAUACUAGUUGUUAAUUAUCUAAUUAGAGUCCAAUAAAGGAAUUUCUUUCGUAAAAGACUGAUGGAGAAAAUGAAGCGAAAAUUGUCGACUAUUUCCACUGAUCUUGUCUUUGAAUGUUGCUAUUUCCACAGGUUUGAUAGAGAGGCUUCUACUUUUAGACAUCUACCGGUACGCGUGGUAAACAAAGGCUCCCUAACAAUAGAGUUCUACAAAAGUAAAGAUCAGAGUGAGGAAAAUAAGAUAGGUAUACUGGAUAUGGAACUGCCUCCCGCGCUGGACCUUGAGGUGAAUAUCUUUAGUCGGCGCAGUAUAAUAUCAUUUCAUUUGUUGGUAAUAGCUGUCCCUAACUCCACCCCUUGCCACUCUCUGGAACAAACUUAGACCUCACACAAAUCUCUCUACAAAUUGUACAAACAGUUCAGAGCCACUUUAAUUUUUAAAUAUAUGGGUGGAUCAGAGCCAUUGGUACAUACUUUUUUAUUUAACUUAACAGAAAGGUGGUUGUUGAUAUGUUGGUUGCAAUUCGUUUUUAACUUUUAAAGCACAUAAAGGGCUGCGACUAGCAUGCUGAGAAAUAAUUGGACAUUCUUUUCACAAAAUUGUCUGGGGAACAGAUGAAAAAAUAUGGUAGCUUUGAUUUGUUAAAAAAAGUGUUUCAAUAAUAAAGAAAACAUUCUGAGCUACUACUAGGUAAGGUGACUGUUGAAGUGUGAAAUGUUUGACUUGCAGAGUACUCCUGUGAAGUUUCUAGGCAUUCCCGUAGAUGACAGAAUACUUCACGAAGCUCCUUUGAUCGAAAUCCUGCCAGCAUGUAAGGGAGUGUUAGAGGAAAUAGGCCGGUCGGAUAUUCAUGAAAGUCAUUUGGGAAGCGACCUCGAUAAACGUCAGAAAAAAUGUAGUUUCUACCGAGCUCUUGCGAGCUUACCCGUAGAGCAUCAACGAAAGUGCCAUGAUGCAAUCAUUGGAUUUCUGAAGGAGCGCAGACAAUCCGGUUUCGAAGGCUUUGUACACAUCGAAGAACGUCUUAUUCAUGGUAAGUAUGUAAAGCAAUUAACUGUUUUUUUCCCAUUCAUAUAUCAGUAAUUUAUCAUUUAUAAUACUUCCGUAGCUUCGUGAUGAUUAUGGAAUCAAAAGAAAGUUCAAACUCACGGAAAACUUUUAAAAGACAUGUUCGGCAUGACUCAUGCCAUUCUCAGUUUUUUGUGUUGUAUCCGUCGACUUUGUUUUUGCACGCUACAGUCGACAUAUCUGCCACAAAAAAGGCAAUCAUUUUUAAAAUAAACCUCAUUUAUUCUUUGGUUUGUUGCUGAAUCCAUCUGCGUUUUCUCUAAACUCACGCACAUGUAGCUUUCCACCACACUAGCGCACUCUUUUUCUUUUCUGUUUUAUGUGUUUUCCGGUUUGUGUUAUAUCCAGAUGAAGGCCUUUUUUCCCCGGCCUUUCCACGGUACUUUAUUCUUUAAAUUGUAGCAUUCGAGUUUUUAAUUAAGAAAUGCCGCGGAAAAUUUGCUGACACCCAUUUGUGUACUUCUUAGAAGUGAUUCCAGCUUGCUUUUACACAAUCUACAUUUUUCUUUUAAUUUCCUUAGCCGCAAAAGAUGCCUAAUAACUUACCAAUAAAAGCUUACGUUGCGAAGUUUUUGAGAAGCUUUGAGAAUGGUCUUUUUGGAGGAAACUUGCUAAGAAAUUAAAAAUCAAGAAACGUAUAAUCGAUGCCAUAAGAAGAGAAGUGGAUGAUGACGAGAUUUGUUGCAGAGCAGCGCUCAGAAAAUUGUACGAGAAAAGUGGAUCCCGAGCUAAAAAAGUAAGGAAAGGAUGGUUUAUGUUGUGACUUACGAGUAGGAGUUUUAGUUAUGUGAACGAGAACUUAAUCUUGUUUACCGAACUAAUGUUCCACCAAAAGAGAGAAGUUUAGUUUCUUAAUAUAAUUAAAGCGAUUGUAAAAGUUAAAAGGUCUCAGUCGAAAGGGUGUGCAAUCUUCUCACAAUAAGAUACAGAGAUCAAAAUAUUUGCACGACCAAAGAGGGGUAGACAUUUGGUGAAGUAGAACUUGCUUCAUCAAAAGUAAAAAGACACUUGCCGGUUAAAAUUAAACGACUUUCUCUGCGUGCGUCGCUAAAAUGCAAAGUGAAGAAGAGAAGAAAGUCAAAUUGAACUGCAAAGGACGAAGAACUUGCGAAAAGAAAAAUAAGUUGAAAGGGAGAAAAAAGAGUGACGAACGACUCCUGGGAUUUGGCAUUUCCUCUCUCUCCCCCUCACGCCAGAUCCUAUCCACACUUUGUUUUCCUUAUCACCUUCUCCUUUGCGCGUCUGCUACGCAGGCCAGAAUAGGCAUCCUUCAGUUGAGACAAAAGAACUUUACUAUAUUAGGUAAAAAACGUAUUAUACAUGAAUUCGAAAAGAAUCCUUCAUUCUGCUAAUUAUAUUAACGUUGCUUUAAAUAUUGUGCUGCUAUAGCAUAGCCUUUUCUUUUCAAUCCUUACUUUCAGUUUUUAUAAAUUCUCAUUUUUUAUCUCUAUUGUUGUCAAUAUAAAUUAAUAUUUUCGGCUUUGAAUCGAUUAUUUGAAUUAUUUAUUUCUUUUUAUAGUUGAAAAUGUACCGAGGAAUACUUUAUUUUUAAAUGAAAAAAAAGUUCAAAUGAACCUGUGUAAAUAGUAGUUUAUAAAUUAUUUUACAUAGAAGAAAGAGAAGAGAAAAGACAAUUUUCACGAUGAAAAGACAUCAUUGAACAGUGAUGAUUGAAGUGUAUACACGUUAGCACAGUGAGUCAGUAAAACAAUAUGUCAGAACUUAUGGGCUUCUAUUAUAUCUUCUCUUGAAGUUGCCAGGUAUGACUGCUUGCCCCACCGGUUUUUCCGUAACGUGAGUUAAGGACUUUUUCAGACUUCGAUUAAUUCACAAAGCACACCUGUAAAGUAACUUGUUUUCUUUCUUUUCUGUAUUUUUCUCUUGCAAGCGAUUUUGGCCUUUUUUUUGGAUGUCCUUCAUAGUUUAGGGGCAACUUCUGUCAAAUAUUGAUCCACACUUUCCUUAGUUUACUGCAGUUCAAAAUUGAAGAUUAGGUUUGACUUCCCAUUUUUUCACCUAACAUCAAAAAGGGGCCGUUAUUUCAUUGGGAAAUGGGUUAGUCUAAUAUUUCCUUUGUAAAAAAUAAUCUCGGUUGUUGGACAUGUGUUAAAAGUAGGAGACGGAUGAUAAGACUUACCGGCUGCUAAUAAAACAAAAGUUAACACAAUUAUCCAAAGGUUCAUCGUGUUAGAGAAGAAACUUCUCCCUUAUGAAAACGUUCUUCUGACGCUGAUGUGAUCAAGGGAACAAUUUAAUAAUGAACAAUAAUCGAAUGGUUCUAACUUGUAUAUGAACGUUUAAAGAGAUGAAGUUUAAGGUGACAUAAUUGUUACUAAAUUUCCCAGCCCAUGGCUCCCUAAAGAGACAUCUGUUCCCGUUAUUGUUUGUUUGAUAAAUUAUUACUUAACAGUUUCAUAACUUGCAAAAAAAUUUUUUUUUUACUCUCUUUGGGAGUAAAAACAAAUUUCAAAGUAAAACCACUUCGGGAAUUAAUUUAUUUUUUC